AUGAAAAGAGGGAAAGAAGAGAAAACGGAUGAGAAAGAGUGAGAUAGCGGAUGGUUGUGUUGCAAGGACGAAGUAAACAGAAUAUAGCAAUGACCCCUCCCUCUUUCCUCCUCUCUCUCUCUCUCUCUCUCUCUCUUUCUUGCUCACUCUUAACAUUUCCCCUUCCAAAAUACUUUGCAACUAUUAUUUUGCAUCAAUAGUACCCACAGUUCGAUUUCCCAGAACAACAAACCGGUUUUCGGUAAGUUUGUAUUGCUUUCGUUUCAUUUUUCCAUGUAUUUUUUUCAGAGCGAACAGUUCUUUACGGUAAAUGCUUUGAAUUUCUGGAUUAUUGCUAAUCAAUCAAAUUAUGCGAACAUUGAAAUGCAGCAGAAUGUACUUUUUUUCUUUCAUUUACCGCAUUUUAUUAUGAGAAUUUGCAGACAGAAUUUUACGAGAUACAACUGUUCAUAAUCAAUCAUCUCUACGCCAUUUGUGAUCGAAAAAAUGUUUGAGAAAAAGAACGAGUUGAAGAAAAAGAACUAGUAUUAUGCAGACUUGCCAAAUCCCGGGCCAGCAAAUCGUCGGCCCGGCCCGGCCCGGUCGGCCCGGCUCCGCCCACUCUUGA